GGAGAACGUGGUAAGUGGAAUCAUUUAAAUCUGUAGAAACAAACAGCAACGACUUUUAUCUUUCUAGAGGAUUAAUGCCAGAGAUGGCCUGCUGUCCCAAGUUUGUCAGCUCUGUGUCCUCCAGGUACAUGUUUGCUACAACUUCAAGCUUCAGUAUGAGAUGUCAGAUUUGGCUUUAAAACAGUACUUGUACACUCAACAGUCAAAGGAUACAGCAGAGUUCCUGAGAUCCAAAUGUGUGAAGCCCAAAGAGGAAGGAUCUGUAGAAGACACAAGGAUGAUAGGAAAUAAGUUUUGUGAUGUGACUGUCAUCGCACCUCAUUAUGUGGGAAAUCAUGCAUCUGAGCAGGCACUGGCAGAGAAAGACCUACUAAGCAUGCACCAGGAUUGGUUCACAAUGACAGAAAACCGAUGUACAAAGAGAAGUAUAAUGCAGCUGAUAUGAGACCUGAUGUACAAGUUCCAUUGACUUCUGCUACCCAGAACUUUCCUGUGGAGGAAACACCUGUAAUUUCAAUAGGUGAUACGGGUAUGUGCCAACAUAUAUACCAGUGGGGACAGAUCAGUACAGGAUCGCAGUCCAGUGACAGUUCUCAGUACAAUUAUGGAGAGACACAUACUGCAUUAAGCUACUGGGACAAACAGUUUGGACAGUCAGGUAAUCACACACUUGCAGCUGCUGCCUUGCAGCAGUGGAUCAUGUCCACUUCAGACAACAGUAAUGGCAAUACCCCUGAAUCUCCAGCUCUGAAGAAACCUGUAGACAGGUUAAAACAAAGUGUGGAGAAUGUCAAGUAUCAUCAGUGUCCUUUAUGUGGAAAAUCUGUUCAGAGACUUAGUCUUCAUAUGCGUAUGCACACUGGAGAUCGGCCGUAUCAAUGUUCCCAAUGUGGACAGCGGUUCACACAAUUAGGAAGUCUCAAGAAACACCAGACCCUUCAUUCUGAAGAAAAGCCAUAUCAUUGUAAUGCUUGUGGUAAAUGUUUUAGGUGCAAAUCAGAUCUGUCAUUACAUUCUAAACUUCACACUGGUAGGUGUUUUGAUUGUUCUUAUUGCAGUAAAUCGUUCUUAACACAAAAGGCUAUCGAUAAUCACGUGAGAAUACAUACAGGUGAGAAACCUUACUUGUGCCAUGUGUGUGGCAUGAAUUUUAGCCAGGAAGGGAAUCUUUCAAUGCAUGUAAAAGUUCAUACUGGAGAGAAGCCAUUUCAGUGUUUGGUAUGUAGCAAAUUCUUUGCUACAAGAACUCAUUUGGAGAAGCAUACAAGGACUCAUACAGGGGAGAAACCAUACACAUGUGCAACAUGUCACAAGUCAUUCAGUGAUCGUGGUUAUUUCAUGAGGCAUCUUGCAGUCCACACAGGAGAAAAAUCGCAUAUCUGUAAUGUAUGUAGUAAAGCAUUCACACAAAGAAUAAGCCUCAAAAGGCAUUCUAGAAUACAUACUGGUGAAAAGCCAUUUGAGUGUGUUAUUUGCAGGGAAGCAUUUUCCCUGAAACGUGAUCUCAAGAGGCAUGGUGAAAAAAUGCACAAUAUAGAUAAAGCCAUAAUUCAAAUAAAACAUCAAUUUGCACACAUUCAGCAUUUUACAAAUGAUCUAAAUGAGCGUUCCAUUGACCACAGUCAGUAUUAAUUGCUUUAGUUCCAUAGUCUGUUUUACAACUUGUGGAUUGUCAUUAUCAUCUUCACUUCAGGCACAGAAUUUUUUCCUAGACAUUUAAUUUACUGUAUCAAUUCAUUGCAUGUCAGCUAAACUGAGUACAGAUUACAUAUCCCAUAAACUAGCCUCUUGUGAUAUUCCAAAUGUAAAUGUUUUAUGACAUUACUAGUUGAGUGUAACCACGUGUAGAGUACUUAGAGGUAUUAAACCUUUAAGAUAUGUGUGGUUUAUUAUAGGAACCUGAGCUGUACAGGUCCAAAUACAGAUAUCCAAUAUUCCCAGGUUCGGACACUAGACUGUCACAAGCAGAUCUGCAUGGCUAGCAAGCUGAUGGUCAAACACAAUGAACAUUAAUAUAAACAUGUGAACAGGGAACUGGAUGCUGUUUUAUGAGUCAACAUGACAUAUUGAACUCACGUGCAUAGGAGGUUCUCUCUUCACACUUGGUUUGCAGCAAUAAAGUACUAUUUCUGUAUAGAGAACCAUUUGUUCAGUAUUCAAAUGAUGGUGGGUUCAGUCCUGAGUAUCUAUACCAUUAACUUCACAGAUUAGGCCUUUUGUCCUGUUCCAACUCCAGGAUUAAAAUUGGUCAUUAUGAUAUUUUUUUAGACCUUCCUGUAUUUCAACUUCUUGUCAGUUUGUAGUCUAGAAGUUUUUGCAGUAUUUGCUAUAGGCCCAUUCUUGGAACAUACUCAUAUCACUUGAGUCCUCUGAUCUCCAUUACUCUCAGUAUUUUUUAUAUUCAGCUUCUGUCUUUUUCUUUGUUGUAUUCAUCUCAGCAGUUUCAUUUCUGAGGCCUUAAUCCUCCUCCUGUUGUGCUGUAAUGUCCAUAUUUCACAUCCAUGUAAUGAAUUGGAAGAGCUAUUGUUUUAUAAAAAUGUAGAACCAUCCAUUCUUAAAAAAGGUAAAGGUAUCCCUGUGUCAGGCUGUCAAGGCCCAUAGGGUUGUGAAAUGUUGAGGUUCCCACG